AUGGACUCUGGCAAUUCUAACCAUGGAUCUCCCAGCAAACGCCAGAAGCUUACUCCCAAGGCCCACGAGUUGGGGGUGAUGCGCAAGUUUACUGACAAUGGCUCGGAAUCGGCGUCUUUCCUGGGAUCCUCGAGCGGAAUCCACUUCAUUCGCGUCGUGUACAAUGCCUUUGCGCGUCGGUCGGCCCAUCUCAAGCAGCCUCAGCAGGCGUCUAAAGGCGCUCAAGUUCCUGGAGAGGACGACCAGCUGCACCAGCAGUAUCCGGAUCUGUGGCUGCCCCAUGAGCUAAACCUCCAGGCAACAGCGCCCCUAUCCAGGUUCGAUUCGCUAGUCCAGUGGACGAAAGGGUAUUUUGAGAACUGGCAUCCAAUUUUUCCAUUUCUGUCCGGGCCAGGCUUCCUGGUAAUUCUCGAGAAUCUUAGUCGUGAUGGGUUCAGCAACCUCUCACCUGCAGACGGGAUCCUCGUGCGCUCAAUCGUCUCAAUAUCCCUCAUGGAUCGCCGGCAGACCAAUGCUCCCAGCACGCAGAGUCCUGUUCCAGCAGCUCUGGUUUUCCGCUCCGUUCGACAGGCCAUGGAAAGUCUCUUUACUCUGCUUUGCUCACCACCAACCAUCCCUAUUCUCCAGGCGGCUUUUGGUGUCCAGCUGUUUCUCACCUCUCUCCUUCGGCUCAACGCCGCCUCGAGAAUUGGGGGUAUCAUUAUACGCACAGCAUUCCACUUAGGUUUGCACCGGUGUCCUGCACGCUAUUCAUUUACAAGUCUUGAGGUAGCCACUCGCCGCAGGUUAUUUUGGUCCAUCUACUGUCUUGAAAGAUACCUCUCCCAGGCACUGGGAAUCCCUCUCGGUAUCAAGGACGACGACAUUGACGUGUGCUAUCCGAACGCCGAAAUCCAUGGUUCGGUAGACCAAGAUCACAGACUACGUCUGCUAGGUCACCUAUCAAAGUUUGCCAGUCUCCGCGGACGCAUUGUCGAGCUACGCAACAAGUCGAUCAACCACAGAGAAGACUCUGUGGACGCGACUCAGGCCCUUCAUGGGGAGCUAACCCACUGGUGGAACGAUGUUUAUGACGACGUCUACCCUCUUGAACACGACGAUACAGACAAUAACUUAGAGACUCCGAUCGCACAAUUUCAUCGGACUCUGCUCAUAGUCCUUCGCCAGGAAGCCAUCAUUUCCUUGAACCGCCCGCUGCUGGCAGCCGAGGCGUCCUCCCCAGAAUAUCGCACCGCUUUACAAGUAUGCAUUGAAUCUUCACGGUCUCUCCUCACCACGCUGCGGCAGUACCUUGUUGAUACUCCCGGCUCUGUUCCAUUAGUAUGGCCAUCUUUUACUUGGGCUGUGUGGAUGAGCUGCUUGAUACUGAUCUACGCCGCUUGGAAGGGCGAAUUUUCCACAUCCUCAGCAUCGAGAUAUGCUAAAAGUGGUCUCGUUAUUCUGAAAAAUCUGUCGCGCCGUGGCAACACAUGGCCGCAAACUUGCAUCGAAGCCAUUCGCGACCUUGAUUCCGCUCUUACGACACCAGAACAAACACCCCCAGACCCAAGCACCAUCGAUACCAGUCAGGACAAAAGCAAGGACCCGAAUGCUUCCAGAGAAACCCUCGACUCCGACAUCCAACUUGAUGAUCGUUCCUUACAACAGGUGCCCCCUUCGACACCCGGAGAAGGACUCCUCCCAACGCCAAACCCAGUUGUGUCGGCGAGCAAUCAAUGGAGCAACUCGUCCAUGAUUUUUGGAAAUCAAGCAAUGAAUAACCUCGGUGCGGCUUCGGGGCUCGGACUAGGAAUGGGCUUGCCGGACUUUUCCAUUGGCGGUGGCGGUGGUGAAGAUGUUCUGGGGAUAGGUGAUUUGUGGAGUUUGGCAGAUGGACCGUGGUUGAUUCAUGAGAGUUAUGAUCUUGCGGAAAAUGUUCCAAAUAAUACUGAUUUCAUGCUGUAA